AUGAUACAGGUGGCAUUUUAUGCUGGUCGUGCAUGUAACUCUGCAUAUCGUUCGAUCGACGCCAGUGUUUUGUUACCCUCUCCACUCAUAACAAGUCGCACAGUCGACAAGAUCUAUGAUUUCAAACGAGAUCAACUAUUGGAGUACGUGAAAAAUUUGAAAUCGUUUGCCAUCACAAUGGAUAUGUGUACUGAAGGACACAUCGGAAUCUACUAUGCCGGAAUAUCUCUUCAUCAUAUUGAUACUAACUGGCAACUACACGUUUUCAUUCUCCACCUAGCGCCAUAUGAUCUUGAAAGUCAAACAAGUGUGAAUGUUCGAAAAUUUGUCGACGAUCGUCUCGCCGAAUUUAAUUUGCGUUUGUCUGAUGACAGUUAUAUUGUAACAGAUAAUGAGAAUAAAAUGAAAAGCUGUUUUCAAUCGGGAACAAAACGAAUUGGCUGCGCCGAUCAUUAUUUGAAUAAGCUAAUCGAACACGCUUUUACUGGGAAUCAUUCUGGAACGCGAGAAGUUAUGCAGAUGUUCUCAUCUAUCAAGGCGCUUGUGGCACAUAUUCGUCGAUCACAUCGGCAAAGUAAGUUACCCACCAAAGUGCAAUCUUAUUCGGAUACUCGUUUUAAUGNCGCCGAUAAGUAA